CAGGAGACAGCUUUCAUCUUAAUAAUAAGAUUUUUCAAUUCAAUGUUUUAAUUCAACUGAGAGCUAAGAGCCAGAGCUAAUUUGGUUUUAAAAAACAGGGGGAUCCUGAUCCUUACCUUUCCUCUCAAUAGUUCCCAUUUGGAGCCAUGGUUGUUAUUUUACCUCUGUCAUAUUUUAGCUCACCAAAUUGUUUAUUUUGAUUUGAAAAAAAAAAAAACUAAUCUUAAUCUACUUAAUUAAAUAUAUAUGUAUGUAUUUCUAAGAUUUGAGAAAAUAAUGUUUAAUUCGCCACGCCCUCUUUGACCACCAGGGGGAGGCCGUAACAAAAAGCUAGAACUAUUUAAUCGCGGAGUGAUCACGCCGCUAAAGUCGGCCUUGUCACAUCUCCUAAUUGACAUAACGAUGCGCGGAGGAGGACACGCGCAGGUGUUCCACGGCCCUAAUUAAACGAAAACAAGCUCCCGCCCAGGUGGAAAGCGUGAACGGUGCUAACUAACGAGCCGCUACUCCUCAAAAAAAAGCAAACAUCAGAUUUACGACGCGUUGGCUAUUAAAAAGGCUUUCUUACCCAAGAUGAACAGCAGUGGGCCGGCGUAUCCCCUCGCUUCUCUGUAUGUAGGAGACUUACAUCCGGAUGUCACAGAGGCCAUGCUCUACCAGAAAUUCUCCCCCGCUGGGCCCAUCAUGUCGAUCCGUGUGUGCCGAGACGUCAUCACCCGCAGAUCUCUUGGAUAUGCAUACAUUAACUUCCAGCAACCAGCUGAUGCGGAGUGCGCCCUGGAUACAAUGAACUACGAUGUUCUCAAGGGUCGGCCUAUCAGAAUAAUGUGGUCUCAGCGUGACCCGGGACUCAGGAAGUCUGGUGUGGGAAACAUCUUUAUCAAGAACAUGGAUGAGUCUAUCGACAACAAGGCACUGUAUGACACCUUCUCGGCCUUUGGCAAUAUUUUGUCCUGCAAGGUUGUUUGUGACGAGAAAGGAUCUAAAGGCUACGGCUUUGUUCACUUCGAGACCCACGAGGCUGCAAUCCGGGCCAUCGACACCAUGAACGGGAUGCUGCUGAAUGACAGGAAAGUUCGAGAGACACGUAAUCCUCUGGAAUCUGACAUUGCCAACGCAAAGGUCCGUUUCCUGGGGAUGAAGUGUCACUUGUCCCUGACUAGGCCAGUGAAUCGUUUUGUUGGCCACUUUAAGUCCCGCAAGGAAAGAGAGGUGGAGUUUGGCACCAAAGCUAUGAAGUUCACUAAUGUCUACAUCAAAAACUUUGGUGAGGACUACACUGAUGACAAACUCAAGGAAGUCUUCUCUGCAUUCGGGAGGACUCUCAGUGUGCGGGUGAUGAAAGACGAGAGGGGCUGUUCACGAGGAUUUGGCUUUGUGAACUAUGCUAACCACGAGGAUGCUCAGAAGGCAGUUGCUGAGAUGAAUGGAAAGGAGAUCAAUGGGAAAACCGUUUAUGUAGGUCGGGCGCAGAAGCGUCUCGAACGCCAAGGAGAGCUGAAGCGCAAGUUUGACCAAAUCAAACAGGACCGAAUCCAGCGCUAUCAGGGGGUGAAUCUGUAUGUGAAGAACCUGGAUGAUAGCAUAGAUGACGAGAGACUCCGGAAAGAGUUUGCCCCUUAUGGCACAAUCACCAGUGCCAAGGUCAUGACAGAUGGCUCCCAGAGCAAGGGCUUUGGCUUCGUUUGUUUCUCUUCACCGGAGGAAGCAACAAAAGCAGUGACCGAAAUGAACGGGAGGAUUGUUGCAACCAAACCACUGUACGUGGCUCUGGCUCAGCGCAGGGAGGAGCGUAAAGCGAUUCUGACCAAUAAAUACAUGCAGAGAAUUGCUACCUUGAGGACCAUGACCAAUCCAAUCAUUGACUCGUACCAGCAGGCUGGAUACUACAUGACUGUACCACAGCCUCCCGCUCGCUCCUUCUACAACCACAAUGCCGUCAGCAACAUGAGACCAGUACCACGUUGGACAGGACAACCACCCAGACUACAGGGCCCUUACACAACCCAAUUUGUUGGUAGUUCUGCUCCCCGACGUGGAUCGACCCCCAUUGCUACAGUCAGACAGGCUUCCACUCAGGCUCCGCGCAUUGUAAGCUCCACGCAAAAGACCAAUAACAUCGGGACCCAGACUGUAGGAGGGCGUACUGAUAUGCCUAUGACCAGAAGCGGUCAGUACAAGUACUCCUCUGCAGUGAGAAAUGCCCAGCAGGUCAUUACUGUACCUGCACCCAUGACAAGACUACAGGUUAUUCCUGCGUCUGUGAUGGAGCCACCGGUGCACAUUCAAGGCCAAGAGCCGCUCACCGCCUCCAUGUUAGCUGCAGCUCCACUCAUGGAUCAGAAACAGCUUCUCGGGGAGCGUUUGUACCCACUGAUCCAUGCCCUUCACCCAAACUUGGCUGGUAAAAUCACCGGGAUGCUGCUGGAGAUCGACAACUCCGAGCUGCUGCACAUGCUGGAGUCUCCAGAGUCCCUGCACUCAAAGGUGGACGAGGCGAUUGCUGUCCUGCAGGCUCACCAGGUGAAGGAAUGCUCCCCAAAAAAGUGAAGAGCCCUUUCAGGUCAGAAACGACAACGCGAAGACGUUUUCCUGCCGUCUUAAACUCAACACACCCGCGCUAAGUUCAACUCAGUUCCAAACAGUCCGAUCACAAUUUGAUAGUGAAGAAAGAAUCCUGCACAGAUGUUUUUCAUAGAAAGUAUUCUGGGUUUCAGACCACACCAAGAAAGACUUAACCGUGU